UAUGAUGAUGUCAAACGUGAUGCUGAUGCUACAGUUACAGACACAGCCCCCGCUGGCGCAGCCUCUCUGAUUCUCUCUCCCUCUCCGCGUCCAGCGCUGGGCUUUUUCAGACAAGUGCAUCUGCUAACCAGGUCACAUUUCAGCCACGACCCACCCUCCGUCAGUCACUGGAGUCAGACAGCAGGAGGAGGGCUGAGGAGGACCGCAGCGCUUCGCCAGCAGCGCGGUGGAGGGAAGGACCUCAAAUACUGCUGAAGUCCAGACGCCCCCCAGGUCCAAGCCCAGACCACGAUGCGCGCUCCGGGAUCCGGGCGGCUGGCUCUGCCGCUGCUCCUCCUCGCCGUAGUCGCUUUGGCUGAAGGCGACGCCAAGGGGCUCAAGGAGGGCGAGACCCCCGGCAAUUUCAUGGAGGACGAGCAAUGGCUGUCGUCCAUCUCGCAGUACAGCGGCAAGAUUAAGCACUGGAACCGCUUCCGAGACGUGAGCGAGGUAGAGGAUGACUACAUCAAGAGCUGGGAGGACAAUCAGCAAGGAGAUGAAGCUCUGGAUACCACCAAGGACCCCUGCCAGAAGGUGAAGUGCAGUCGCCACAAGGUGUGUGUCGCUCAAGGCUACCAGCGCGCCAUGUGCAUCAGCCGCAAGAAGCUGGAACACAGGAUCAAGCAGCCUUCUCUGAAACUCCACGGAGGCAAAGACUCCAUCUGCAAGCCCUGUCACAUGGCCCAGCUAGCUUCCGUCUGUGGCUCCGAUGGCCACACCUACAGCUCAGUGUGCAAGCUGGAGCAGCAGGCGUGUCUGAGUAACAAGCAGCUGGCGGUGAGGUGUGAGGGCCCCUGCCCCUGUCCCACGGAGCAGUCUACUGCGUCUACCACCGACAGCAAGUCAGAGACCUGCACAGGGCAGGACCUGGCCGACCUGGGGGAUAGGCUCCGUGACUGGUUCCAGCUCCUUCGUGAGAACUCGAAGCAGAAUGGCUCAGCCAGCAGCUCCUCUAGCCCUGCAGGGUUGGACAAGAAUCUAGGGGCCAGUUGCAAGGACUCCAUCGGUUGGAUGUUCUCUAAGCUGGACACCAGUGGAGAUCUCUUCCUGGACCAGACAGAACUGGCUGCCAUCAACCUGGACAAAUACGAGGUCUGCAUCCGCCCCUUCUUCAACUCCUGCGAUACCUACAAAGAUGGCCGCGUCUCUACUGCUGAGUGGUGCUUCUGUUUCUGGAGGGAGAAGCCCCCCUGCCUGGCAGAGCUGGAGCGCACACAGAUCCAGGAGGCAGCCAAGAAGAAGCCAGGUAUCUUCAUUCCGAGCUGUGAUGAAGAUGGUUACUAUCGGAAGAUGCAGUGUGACCAGAGCAGUGGUGACUGCUGGUGCGUGGACCAGCUGGGCCUGGAGCUGACCGGCACACGCAUGCAUGGGAACCCUGACUGUGAUGACAUCGUGGGUUUCUCCGGGGACUUUGGAAGCGGUGUCGGCUGGGAGGAUGAGGAGGAAAAGGAGACAGAAGAGGCAGGCGAGGAGGCUGAGGAGGAGGAGGGUGAGGCGGGUGAGGCAGAUGACGGAGGCUACAUCUGGUAGAUGGCCCUCGAGGGCCUCGGCAGGCCAGGGUGCCGACGGCCAGAAAGACAGGCCAGAAGAGACCUGGACAGCAGCAGGCAACUUAGCAAAUGGAUCCGGAAGUCAGCGUGAAGGACCCUGGCUCCAGUGGGGACUGAAGAGUGUGGCUUGUGUGACUGGGGUGUGUGUGUGUGUGUGUGUCUGUGUGUGUGUGUGUGUCUGUGUGUGUGUGUGUGUGAUGUGAGUCACCCAAAGGUCCCUUCCUUCCUAUGGUUAUUUCUUUCCCGUUGUUAUCGAUGUUCAAAUGCACACUUUCACACACAUGGACACACCAACAGACCAAAAUCAAUGUGAUGUGAUGCCCCAGAUCCUGUCCCUCAGCCCAACACCUCGACCCAGGUCCUGCCCUGCUCAAUCAACCUUACCCCCUCCUGCCUUUCUUCCUUCCUCUCCUGAGGCCAGAGAGGGAGGGCAGGAAGCUGGAAGCUGAGCAUCCUCCCCAAAUCGGGCUGAUUUGAUGUGAAAGCCCCACCAUGGUCUGUGGUGGUGAGGCAGGACCUGUUCAUACAACAAGGCUUACCCUUCUGCUGACAUCCAGAGAGCUGCUCGCGGGUGUGUCCAGCCAUGGCCUCUGGGCUGUACGUGGCUAAGGAUAGCUAUCCAUGUGGCCCAACACAAAACAGGAAACUUACUUAAAACAUAGGGUUUUUUGGUUGCUGCUUUUGGGUUUUUGAUAAUUGGAUUGGGGAGUUCUUGAAUGUGGGCUUCGUAGAUGACAAUACUCUGUUACAACGUCAAAAGGUUGGACACACCCGAUAGAUUAUCUCUUAGCCUACUCCCGAGUAACCAGAGAUAGCCCACAGAACAGGCAGAGACCAUGAGGCAGAGGAGGAGGGUAGGUCCCCUGAUACCAGGCCUCAGAUUAACCCAGUCAGCACCUGUUGCCUCCUGGGGCUCUAGGCUGCUUUCUUGGCAAAUGGGGGCUGUCAUCAUGCAGUUCAGCUUUGAGGGCUUGCAGCCGUGACCUCUGUUUCCUGGCGAGAGUCCCCUUGUCCUAAGGAGCAAAGGAACAGAAAGCAGCACACGUCUGCCCACCUCCUCCCUGACCCUCAAGGAAACGAUCCCCUCUUGUCCAUAGAAAGGUAUGUCUGAGAUCCUGUGAGAAAGCAUCAGGAAGCUGUGACUUCCUGUGCCCAGAGAUAGUCCUGGAGGAGAGGCCCCGAUACCUUAGUCCUCUCAACCAUGGCUUCCCUCUGUCUCAAGGGUCUCCAAGAUGGCUCUACUAGAGCCAUGCCCCAGACUCUAAAGCCCCACCACAUAUAUGAAUAGAGAGCAAUGUAUCAGAGGGGACCACACUGGGCAGCUAGGCCCUGAGGCCAUGCCUCAGUGCGAGGGGCUUUUACCCAGAUGCCCUGUGGGGUUUUGUGUGUUUAUUGCUUCCCACCGCACCCCUUCUCAAAGGAAAUUCCUUAAUAUAUUUGAUGAAGAAUUUCUUACCUGGACUUGGGCCACUGAUACCCUUUGGUACGUGCAUGCAUGCGUGUGUUGUGUGUGUGUGUGUGUGUGUGUGUGUGUGUGUGUGUGUGUGUGUGUGUGAGAGAGAGAGAGAGAGAGAGAGAGAGAGAGAGAGAGAGAGAGAAGAGAGAGAGAACACCGAGGGCCACCCUGAUGGCCAGGGAGAGUGAGGACAGCCCCCUGUGUGGUGGAAGGCUGGGCAGCUACUGGGGUUCUUGUGCUGGGGUUUCCAGGACAAAGCCCCAGUCUGGCUGUCCCCCAGCAUCUCAGGGGCACUAGCUGGUUACAUCCACUGAGUGUGAACUUUAGGGAAGAGCCUCAUCCUUCCCAAUCCUUCCCGCCACCCUGGAAUGGCCACCUUCCUUGUCAUCUCCUGGGGCAAAUACAGAAAUGCCACUAAGCUCCAUAAAGUGCUUCUCAUUCCACAACACAGUUCUGACUCUCCGGGUGACUGUCCCCUGAUCCCAUCCCCUUCCUCCUCCCUCCCUUCCUCAGGCCUCUGCAACCAUCCUCUGGUCCCUGGCUCAGUCACAUCAGCCCUCUGCAUUGUAGAAGCAGCCAUCCCUCCUCCUCCUCCUCCUCCCCCUCCCCCUCCUCCUCCAGCUGGAGUUACUUGAAACUUCCUGCUCUUGCUAGGACGGAGUCUGAUUCUUCCUCUGCAGGAUUCCCAGAACAUCCCGGGUAGCUGUGAAGGAUUUCAGACUUUCUGGGGUGGGGAUGGGGUGUUGUGGAGGAAGAAGCAUCCCCUUCUUUCGCCCCGCCCCACUGGGGGGCGCUGUGCUCUGUGUGUCCCCGGAUCUUCUGGUUUUGUAUCUGACUUUGUAAAUAUGUUUUAGGAAGAAGGCAGAGGGUGUGGAGCUUGACUGUGGCAGGCCUCAGGGGUCCAGAAGUUUGUCCCCCUCUAAAGCGUCCCCCCCAUACCGCCCUUCGCCCCCACUGAGACUGAGUCUCACAAGGGUAGACAGAGCAGCUGUCCCUGGUGGGGCCGAAGGUCCCCAAGUAGCUUCUGGUUUCCUCAGGAGCGAGGUCCCAGGUCAGUCCUAAGGCCUCAUCCUUGAAUAAGCUGCCUACCCAGUUCCCCAUGCUCCUGCCUGCUCUCGCUCCCUUGCUAUGGGCAGGAGAGUUAGGGCUGUGCUGGAAAGAGUUCAGCCAAACUACAGCAGCACCCCGCCUUGCCGGGCCCUGGAGCUGCCCUACUAAGACCCUCCAUAGCCCUUGGGUGCUGGGAGGGAUGGCGUAAGUUGGGGCAGUUUGAGGUUGGAGGGAGUAAAUGUGCCUUGAGAGACACUCAGAGGUCCCAGGGAGCUCUGGCAGGAGGCAAAGUUGGUGAGAGAGUCAUGGGACAUCUUGACUUCCCUCCAGUGUUUCAUAGGAGUCCACGUGAUGGGUGGGCACAGGUCCGUCCUUACUCCGGCCCCCUCCCUCCCCUGGUUUGGGUUGGUACCCGUCUGGCCUUUCUUGAGCUUUAUCUGCUUUCGGCUUCUCCUCUAAGUGGGUAGGCGGGGUCUUUUGAUAUCGGCUCCCCAAAGCCUGAGCCCACAGGCCUGGGAGAGAACCAGGGACCCGUCUUUGACACCUGGGUCAUCACGAACCCUUCUGCCUGCAGUUGUCCCAAGGAAGGACCUGGGGGUGCAAAAGGAGAUUCAAGACAUCUGUAACAAGUCAGGCAGAGCAACCCGCUUCUUAGCCCGUGUCCCACUUAAACUGAGCUUAGAGUUAAACAUUGUGGUCAAGUGCUUGGGUUCCGUCUGUAGAUUUAAGUGCUGACGUUGUAUUUCCCAGUAAUCUUAGAUGUCUUUUGAAAAACUGAACAAGUGUUAGACCUGUGUGUGCGUUGGUGGGCACUCAAGCAUCCCGUGGGUGACCCCAUUCUCUCCCCUUCCUCGGUGACACAUCCACUCCUGCCCCGCCCACCCCCACUUGCCUCCACCCGGGGCCCCUCACUUUGCUGUGGUCUUUAUCUGCCUGUUACUCAGCCUAAGGAAACAAGUUCACUCUACACACGCAUAAAAGAAAGCAAAUGUUAUUUUUAAGAAAAUGGAAAAUAAAAACUUUAUAAACAUCGCCUGCCGA